CCGGCGCGGACCCUCGCCCUCCGGGCGCACAGCUCAUCGCUGGCGCAGCCUUUGGCCCCCGCAUCAGUCAUUAACGGGCCAGCUCCGGCUGCUGCGGCCCGGGGAGGGGGGAUGGUACGGAACUCGAGACAGGGGACAACUCUAUCCCCCGUGGCGGCCGCGAAACACUAGCCGGGGAGGCCCCCGCCCUCCCUUGGAGCGGCUGCUCAGAGGCUCGCGUCUUCUCUUGAAGCUGCAGCGACGCCCCCGGCGGGUGCACAAAGGCUCCGACGGCGGCCGGCGGGGACUGCCGAGCGCGCGGGAGCCGGCGCCAGAGGUCGCCUGUGCGCGCCCUAGCCAAGCCCCGGGCACCAUGCCGCGGCGCCUGCAACCCCGGGGCGCGGGCACAAAGGGCCCGCCGGCCGCCAGCGCGGCGGCUUCGGAGGCUGCCUCGCGCCCCCACCCCUCCGGGGACCCCGCAGCCUCGGCCAGGCCGCUGCUGCGCUGGGACGAGGUGCCCGACGACUUCGUGGAGUGCUUCAUCCUGUCGGGCUACCGGCGGCUGCCGUGCACGGCGCAGGAGUGCCUGGCCUCGGUGCUGAAGCCGACCAACGAGACGCUCAACUUCUGGACGCACUUCAUCCCUCUGCUGCUGUUCCUGAGCAAGUUCUGCCGCCUGUUCUUCCUGAGCGGCCGCGACGUGCCCUUCCACCACCCGUGGCUGCUGCCGCUGUGGUGCUACGCGUCAGGGGUGCUGCUGACUUUCGCCAUGAGCUGCACGGCGCACGUGUUCAGCUGCCUGUCGCUGCGCCUGCGCGCCGCCUUCUUCUACCUGGACUACGCGUCCAUCAGCUACUACGGCUUCGGCAGCACGGUGGCCUACUACUACUACCUGCUGCCUGGCCUGAGCUUGUUGGACGCCAGGGUGAUGACCCCGUACGUGCAGCAACGCCUGGGCUGGCACGUGGACUGCACGCGCCUCAUCGCCGCCUACCGCGCGCUGGUGCUGCCCGUAGCCUUCGUGCUGGCCGUGGCCUGCACCGUGGCCUGCUGCAAGAGCCGCACCGACUGGUGCUCUUACCCGUUCGCCCUGCGCACCUUCGUCUUCAUCAUGCCGCUCAGCAUGGCCUGCCCCAUCAUGCUCGAGAGCUGGCUUUUCGACCUGCGCGGCGAGAACCCCACGCUCUUCGUGCACUUCUACCGCCGCUACUUUUGGCUGGUGGUGGCCGCCUUCUUCAACGUGAGCAAGAUCCCCGAGCGCAUCCACCCAGGCCUCUUUGACAUCAUCGGCCACAGCCACCAGCUCUUCCACAUCUUCACUUUCCUUAGCAUCUAUGACCAGGUGUACUACGUGGAGGAGGGCCUGCGCCAAUUCCUCAAGGCGCCGCCUGCCGCGCCCACCUUCUCAGGCACCGUGGGCUACAUGCUGCUGCUGGUCCUCUGUCUAGGGCUGGUCAUCAAGAAGUUCCUAAACAACUCCGAGUUCUGCAGUAAAAAGUGAGCCUCUGCCUUGGAGGAGGCUGCCGUUUGGCCCACCUGUUUGGUCGGAGUUUCUGUUGUUGCUAUUGUUGGUUUGUUUUCAAGUUUCGUUAUGUUUCCUUCUUUGCUCGAGGAGGGUGCUGCAAAACCACAGGGGAAAAGUCCACUGCAACAAGGGGGUCUCGGUGCAUUGGGCUUUGGAAGAGGGAGGCGGGUCAAGCAGGAGGGCGAGGGCCGCUGGUUCUUGCUCCUGGGAAAAAAUCAGGUAGUGUCUGUGACAUCCAGGGAUUUUUCAAAGGCAGCGAAUAAAAUCCCAAAUAAAACCCCGAACA